CACUGGCCUUUAAAACCAGCCGCAGCCGGCAUCGCCUCACUUCACCUCGGAUCGCUUCUGUUCGGGUCUCGGGACUUUUCUCUGGAAGUUUGUGUCCAACAUGGCGCAGAUCAACACCUGCCUGAAGCGCACCUUCACCAUCUUCAACAUCUUCUUCGCGAUUGUGGGCGGAGUCAUCAUCGCUCUCGCUCUGCUGUGUCAGAUCCUCACCAAUGUGGAGGGACGAGAGAACCUGGAGGGUCGGACCAGCAGCCUGGUCGGCCUCUACCUGUUCGGAGCCAUCACCAUGAUGGUCGCCAUCCUGGGCGCCUACGGAGCUCACAAGGAGAGCAAAGCCUCGCUGGUCGUGUUCCUGGUCUGUAUGAUCAUCGGAACCCUGCUGAUGCUCCGAGCUGGAAUCCCGACCGCCAUCGCUCGUCCUCAGAUUGAGGGCAUUUUGGAGCAAAAGGUCCAAGAGUUUCUGCCACUGGAUGAAUCUCAGCCUGACGUACAGAAUAUGGCCAAUUCCCUGCAGACGGCGAUGCACUGCUGUGGUCUGUUCAGCUACAGGGACUGGAGGAAGAACAUCCCAGAAUCCUGUUCCUGCAACCCGGAGGAGGAGGUAGGCCAGUGUCGGAACGUCGAGUACAGGAACUUCAUAUUUCAGACGAAGUCCGUCUACGCCAAGCCCUGCUUCCCCAUCCUGAUGCACUACAUCCUGCUGUUCGCCGACAUCCUGCUGGGCAUCGUCUUCACUCUGGCUAUUCUGGCCCUGCUGGGUCUGGUCCUGUCCUCCAUCAUGAUCCAUCAGCUCCGUUAUCCCAGCCGACCCACCGUCCUGCUGUCGGUUCCAGCCAUCUUCACCCCGGCGCCGCCCAAAUACCAGGAGCUGCACAACCCUCCGGCCUACUGAGGCGCCGGCGCCCCCUGCUGGUGGAAAGCUCGGGUUCCUGUUGUUGUUUUCUUGAUUAUUUCUGGUUGUUGAACUGUGUCCAAAGUGCCUGAAAUGUCUGAUGUUGGAAAUGCACCUUUUUUAUUUUCUCUCUAGAAUAAUAAGGACUGUAAAUGAAUCUCAUGCCUCCAGAAGAAGAAGCCUAAAGAGGGAAAAAUGUGAGAAAAUUAAUCUUUGUAUGACAUUAAAAGUCUCUAUUUUGAGUUUAAAGUCCAA